UAUAUAUAUCUGGCGAGCGGAGAGGCCGGCACACAAGCAUCCCAAACCUCCAAGAUGAAGUUUACGCCGUUCCUGCUGGUGCUCCUGCUGGCCGUCACCGCCGCCCUCGCCAGCCCCGACCCUCACAAGUUUAAGAAGGGCGGCUUUGGUAGGCGCGGCUUUGGAUACGCUCCUGUGAAAGUUAUUCCUGUCCACUACCCGGUCUACGUCGGCGGCUACGGCGGCGGCUAUGGUGGUGGCUUUGGCGGCGGCUACGGUGGUGGCUUUGGUGGCGGCUUCGGCGGGUAUAAAGGCGGCUUCGGCGGCGGCUUCGGAGGCUUGUACGGCGGAGGCCACUACGGAGGCUACGGCUACGGACGGUAGACUCAGAGGAAGAGAGUCCAUGCCUCUUCUCAGGGUAUUGCUGUUGAGUGUCUGGAUGGUGUGAGACUAGCCUCCAGGGAUGUUAACGCUGGCGUUAUUGUUCCACCUUCUCUGACUCAUUUUCAUAUUCACUUUCAUAUUCUUUGAAGAACUUUCUCGGCAUCAAUAUUAUAGUGUAAAUACAUUUCACAAACUCUAA